AUGACUGUGAAUGCAGCCUUCGGAGCCAGCUGGCUGCAGAAGUUCGUAGACCUGUGUGCCCAUUCAGAGCUCUCGCUCAUGGUCAACACGGAGGCCUUCUGCUUACCUUCUAGGCAGCCGCACAUGGUUCAGACCAAGCUGUUCAAGGCAGAUCUUCACGGGGCUCUCGUUUCAGUCACAAAGUCCAAAUGCCCGUCCUAUGUGGGUAUUACAGGAAUCCUCCUACAGGAAACAAAGCACGUUUUUAAAAUCCUCACCAAAGAAGACCGCCUGAAAGUUAUCCCCAAGCUAAACUGUGUGUUCGCAGUGGAAAUCGAUGGCUUCAUUUCCUACAUUUAUGGAAGCAAAUUCCCACUUUGGUUAAGUGAAUGA